ACGAUACUUACAUUACUUGCGUAUAUUUACGUUACGAAUUCCGCGAUCAAAGUGUUUUUAAUUGUUAUCACAUUGUUUGGGUUGUCACGCAACUGAUAACAAGAUUUUUGUUUGUUUACAUGUAGAAUCAUGAAAAUAUUGAAAGACUCUACAAUUUACUAAGUACAGAGACUUUUUUUGAACAAUGACGGCAGUUCAAAAAUCUCGAAUAAAAAAAGAAUUGGCUCGUUUGUCAGAACAUCCUCCAGAAGGUAUUUCAUGUUAUGCAAAAGAUGAUAAAUUGGAUUUAUUAACGGCUGUUAUUAUGGGACCUAAUGGAACACCUUAUGAAGGUGGAUUAUUUCAAUUAGAAGUGAAUAUAUCAGAAAAAUAUCCAUUUGAACCACCACGUAUAAAAUUUUUAACACCAGUGUAUCAUCCAAACAUAGAUUCAACUGGUCUAAUAUGUAUGGAUCUUUUAAAAAUGCCUCCAAAAGGAGGAUGGAAUCCUACUAUAUCUCUAGAAAAUUUAUUAACGGCCGUACAACUUUUAUUGGGAAAUCCAAAUCCAGAUGAUCCAUUGAUGACAGAAAUUGCCGAUGAAUUUAAAUACAAUAAAAUGGAAUUUGAAAAAAAGGCAAGAAUGUUUAUGUUAAGUAAUGCAAACAGUAAAAAUUCAUUGUAAUUAAACAUUGUAUAUAAGAGGCAAAAACAGCUUUAUAUUUUUUUAAGCAUUUUACAAAUAAUAAUAAUAAUAUAAUAUAUAAA